UGCUCUGUCUCUUGUCUCACCUCUCUCGCUCUUUCUCGUCUCUCGCGGUCGCAGAGGGAAAUCUCCACUAUUCUCCAGAUCAGAUCCGAAGAACAAGGAUUCUUGAUAGUUCCUGCAAUAUUCUACUGGUGUCAUGCAUUGGGUUUUGAAUGCAGGUCAAGGUUUCCUUCUAUAGGACCAGAGGAACAGAAAGAAAAAAGAAACAGGAGAGGAUGGGUCGUGGAGUCAGCAGCGGAGGUGGGCAGAGUUCGUUGGGCUACUUGUUUGGAAGUGGUGAGGCUCCAAAGCCUGCUGCUAGGCAGGCUGAGCCUGUUGCUAAGCAGGCUGAGCCUGUUCAGAGCCAGGGACAGGGUGCAAAUAAUGGGCCGCCCCAGAAGCCCACUGUUGCUUCUCCACCGGUGGAUAACAGUAAGCUGAUUCCAGCUGGCAUCCAAGGGAACACUUCAAAAAAUGCAAACAACUACUUCCGUGCUGAUGGUCAGAACACUGGCAACUUCAUCACGGAUCGACCUUCUACUAAGGUUCACGCAGCCCCAGGUGGUGGGUCUUCUCUCGGUUACCUGUUUGGUAAUGGUGAAAAUUGAUUUCAGUGCCCCUCAAAGCAUGGAGCUGCUUUACCGUCUGUCCAGGACCUCUAGUAGCUUGGAAGAAACAAUAUUUCAUUCUCGUAGAGAAUAGACUGUUUGAUCAUGUAUUGUAAUAUAUAGUGCUUUCUUGGUGGAACGUUUGUUGGUAGACCUGCUGAAGUGAGGGAACUUCUGAAUUAGAUGCAAAAACAUCCAUUGCAAGCUCAACCGUUGUAUGAAUGAGGUUCUAUUUUCUGUUGCA